CUACUACGCGGCGGCGGGCUUGUUAUUGAGGCGGGAGAAUGGCUCUGCCCUUCAGUGCUAAGGGUCUGAGGCCCUCGCAGGUGGUCUGCGCUAUAGUUUUCGUGAGGAUCCUGUCGGUGUUCCUGGUGCAGACGUGGUACGUGCCGGACGAGUACUGGCAGACCCUGGAAGUGGCACAUAAGCAAGCGUUUGGGUAUGGAGCGCUGACGUGGGAAUGGCAGAAGGGGAUAAGGAGCUACCUGUAUCCUAGUGUUGUGGCGGCAUUGUAUACAAUUUUGAAGUAUACUGGACUGGAUUAUCCCGAGGCUGUGGUCAUUUUACCCCGCAUCCUCCAAGCAUUGCUAAGCUCCGCAGCAGACUAUAGUUUCUAUAAAUGGACCGGUGGCCGCAAAUGGUCCCUAUUCCUGAUCCUGACGUCUUGGUUCUGGUUCUACACGUCCGGCCGCACUCUGCUGCAGACCGUGGAGACUGCGCUGGUGGCUAUUGCCUUAUCGAAGUUCCCGUUCAAGGAUGGAAGAUUGGGCUACUAUGAAAAAGAAAACAACACAUGGUUAUGGUUAGCCUGCAUCAGUGUGUUCCUCCGACCGACUUCAGCAGCGCUGUGGGUUGUGCUCGGAGCCUACAACCUGUUCACCACCAACCAAGGCCGUCUCCGGUUGCUAGCCCGCACAUACAUCCCUAUAGCGCUGGCGACCGCCGGCCCGCUGGUGGCGCUCGACUCCUACUGCCACGGCGGCCUGCUCGUCACCCCCUGGGAGUUCUUCCGCUUCAACGUGCUGCACGACAUCGCCUCAUUCUACGGACAGCAUCCUUGGCACUGGUACCUGUCUCAAGGCCUCCCAGCAGUCCUUGGCAUCAACGUGAUCCCUGUUCUACUGGCAGUAUAUUCCAUCCUCCGUCACCCGAGAGAGAACAAGACUGGACUGCUUCUUCUGACUGCUGUUGCCCUACAUGUAGCGCUAUACAGUUUCAUCGCUCACAAGGAGUUCAGGUUCGUCCUGCCGCUACUGCCGAUCCUGCUGUAUUUGGCCCAAGACGUCAUCGUGCCGUGGAGUAGGAAAGCCAAGAAAUGGCAACUCUACAUCGUCGCCUUAGCCAUUCUCAUUGGGAAUGCCGUGCCCGCGCUAUACUUCGGAAUCGUGCACCAGAGCGGCACCCUUAAAGUCAUGCCUUUACUUAGAGAGUCCCUGCCCAACAACCGCUCGUCUGUACUCUUCAUGAUGCCUUGCCACUCCACGCCCCUAUACAGCCACCUCCACGUCAACAUCACAACCCGCUACCUGAACUGCGACCCGCCCAUCGGCAAGACCGGCGACACCUACGAGGCCGAAGCCUUCUUCCACAACCCGCAGGCCUGGUGGCGCAGGGAGUACAACAGCAGGCAACCGCCUACAUUCGUCGUGCUAUUCGAUGUUCUGAAGGGCAGGGUUGAGAGUUUGCUGGCUGGAUAUCGACAGAUUUAUGAACUGCCCCAUACACAGUUCCCGGAAGGCGAAGUGAGUGCGAACGUGCUAGUGUACCAGAAGAACGACCGGCCGAAGUGUCGGCCCAGCAACAGUGACCCACAACAAAACCAUAUUCCACGAUGCCUAAACAUCGUUAGAGUAUACGGCGGCGGAGAUUGUCCAGAGAAGAGUCUAACCGGCCUCCAACUGGCCUUGAACGUCAGUCGACCAAAAUCCUUCGUGUAUGUGUUUACUGACGCUACUGCCCAUGACCACAGACUAGUUGGAAAAGUGCUGGAUCUCGUACAGAGGAAGCAGAGUCAGGUAGUGUUUGUACUGACGGGCCACUGCGAUGAUCUAACAAAGCCCUCUUACCUCGUGUACCCGCAGAUCGCCGCCGCCAGCUCAGGCCAAGUGUUUUAUUUGAAGAAGACUAAUGUUCACAAGGUUUUAGAUUUUGUAAGAAGUUCAAUAAAAUCCAGAUCGGUUAACUUGGGCACAGUAACUAACCCAGCUGGAUACAACUAUACUCGAGAGAUCCCAGUGGACAGCUCGCUAGAUGAAGUCACCGUGUCAGUAUCGGGCUCCAAGCCUAAAAUCCAAGUAUUCAGCCCAACCGGCGAAGAACUGACAGGCCCGCCCAAACUUCUUACUACAUUAGACUUGGCCGAAAUUAUGGUAGUAAAAGUCCUCCAGCCAGAGCCAGGGAACUGGUCCAUAACUGUGGGCAGCGAAGCGGAGCACUCGGUUAAGGUAGUGGGGCUCUCGAACCUGACCUUCCACCAUGGGUUCUCUGUGCAGCGGCCGGGGUCACCCGUGGAAACUAGUUACAGGCCACUACAAGGUGCUUAUAAUUUUAUGAUGUUGUCAUUGACGCACAUAUACAAGUCGGUUCGAGUGUCCCAUGCGGAAAUUCUCAGCCUAAACGGAAAGACACUGUUUGAGAUUCCGUUAAAAGAAGUGGACGCCGCAAAUAAGAUAUAUUUGGCCGAAGCGUUUAUUCCGCCUGACGAAUUGUUCUAUAUUGCUAUUAAUGGUAUAGACGAGGAUGGACAAGAAAUACGUAGAGUAGGCGCAACGGCUAUUCAAGCUAAGGCUCCGGAUGUUCCAUAUUUGACCGCUCCUGAAAAGAUACGUGUUUCACGUCAUGAUACAGUAACACUAAACUGUCAUGUGGAGAGCUUGGUGCCUGUCAACGCUUUUUGGAUGAAAGAUGGCACGAAAAUUCAACCGCAGAUUUCUAGCUUACAGAGUACAUCGGUUGAGUACGUAAUAAGGAACAUGUCGGAGGCAAAUGUGGGCACGUAUGUGUGCACAGCCAGAAACGUGGCGGGAGUCAAGCAAGUCACUACUCAACUGGAACUAAUUGCGGAACCACCAGUAGUAACAAUGUCAGCGAACAGGGAAACGUUGAUGGCAGGGGCAGAUCUGGCAAUAUACUGCUCUGUGGUAUCCGAGAUUGCUUUGUCUACGUAUCAGCUCACGUUCACUGGAGUCGAUUCUAAAAAUGAAACCUAUCUAGACGUGGACGCAUAUAACGAUGGCGUUUACCAUUUGAACAAAAUAAUUAAGAAUGUAACGGAAAAACUUAGCGGAAUUUAUUCGUGUAAAGCUGCUCAUGAAGGUGGUCAAGCAUCAAAAUCUCUAACCAUCACAGAUAACAUCCCCACCCACAGCACACAUACUAGGACCGCAUACAUUACCAAGAGUGUUACACUCUUCCAUACAACUAGUAUGUAUAGUCGAACAUUGUAG